UUAAGGAGGCUGGGAAGUAUUAAGAUCAAGGUGCCAGCUGAUUUGGUUUCUGAUAGUCUGGAUGAAUAUUUCGAAUAUGAUGCAGAGGAGUUCUUGGUCUCUCUGGCCUUGUUAAUAACAGAAGGACGAACACCUGAAUGUUCUGUUAAAGGUCGGACGGAAAGUUUCCAUUGCCCUCCAGCACAGUCCUGUUACCCAGUAACUAGCAAACAUGAAUGUAGUGAUAAGCUGGCCCAGUGUCGCCAAGCCCGACGAACUAGGUCUGAGGUCGCAUUAUUGUGGAAGAAUAACCUUCCAAUCAUGGUGGAAGUGAUGCUACUACCAGAUUGCUGCUACAGUGACGAUGGGCCCACCACAGAAGGGAUUGAUCUAAAUGAUCCUGCAAUUAAGCAAGAUGCGUUAUUAUUAGAAAGAUGGAUAUUGGAGCCAGUUCCUCGACAGAGUGGCGAUCGAUUUAUUGAAGAGAAGACUCUCCUAUUGGCUGUCCGCUCAUUUGUGUUUUUUUCUCAAUUAAGUGCUUGGCUGAGUGUUUCUCAUGGUGCUAUUCCACGAAAUAUUAUUUACAGAAUCAGUGCUGCUGAUGUAGACCUACAGUGGAAUUUUUCACAAACUCCAAUUGAACAUGUGUUUCCUGUUCCCAAUGUGUCUCACAAUGUGGCCUUGAAAGUCAGUGUUCAGUCCUUGCCCAGACAAUCUAAUUAUCCAGUUUUGACCUGUAGUAUUCACACUAAUAUUGGCCUUUUUGAGAAAAGAGUUCAAGACCAUGAACUUAAAACCCAUCAGCACCGAAAUUCUACUGAAGCAGAGCAAUGUAGUACAAACAGUUCACAGCGUCUGUGUAGCAAACAAACUUGGACCAUGGCACCCGAAAGCAUAAUAUUACAUGCAAAAAAUGGCACAACUCCAGAAUAUACUGCAGCUGUCAAAAAUGUCAAACUAUAUCCGGGCACUAGUGGUAAAUCUGACUAUGGAACAUCUCAAGGCAAUAUUCUGGGCUUCAGUGGUAUAGGAGAUAAAAAGUCACAUGAAACAUCAGUGAGAACUUUAAAAUCAUUUUCAGUGAUUGAUUCUAGUGAAUCUAGCCGCCAGAGUUCCUGGCAGUCAGUUGGUGAGACUAAUCCUUUAAUAGGCUCUUUAAUUCAGGAGCGACAAGAAGUUAUUGCAAGAAUAGCUCAGCAUUUGAUUCAUUGUGAUCCAAGCACUUCACAUGUUUCUGGACAUCCACUUAAUACACAAGAAUCUAGUUCACUUAAUUCAAAGCUUUUCCGGGUUUCACAAGAAAAUGAAAAUGUGAGAAAAUGUAAAGAAACGUUCUCCAUUUCUUUUGGUAAUCCAGCGCUCACCUCCUCAGAAGACACCAAUGAAGGGAAAAUUCGAGUAAAACCAGAAACUCCUCGAAGUGACACUUGCAUUUCUAAUGGUCUUCAUUCUGAUCAGUCUGUUGGUGAGAUUAAUCCUUUGAUAAGCUCUUUACUCCAGGAGCGGCAAGAUGUCAUUGCAAGGAUUGCUCAGCACUUGGAGCACAUUGAUCCAACAGCACCUCACAUGCCCCGGCAAUCAUUCAACAUUCAGGACUCCAGUUCAGUUCCUUCUAAAGUGUUUAGGAGUUCCUAUGAAGACAGAAAUUUGUUGAAGAAGAACAAGGAUGACACCUCUGUUUCCAUUUCUGAUACAAAAUUUUCCUUGUUAGAUAACAUCAGUGAAGGGAAACACUUAACACCUAAUAAACGUUUUAGUUCUUUUAAAUGCAAUAGUAAUGUCAAGGCUUCUUUGAAACCUCAAACAAGAAGAAAUCUGCAUCAGAACAAUCCUAGUGAAAUCCAAAGUACAUUUCAAGAGACACAGAACAAAGCCACUGGUUUAAUGAAUCCUUCAAAUAUGUCUCUUUGCAAAGAAGAUAACUUAGAUUUCACAAUCAGAUUGGAAAACACACUUUCUGAGUGUCAAUUUAAGGAACAAGAAAUUGACAAUGAAAUCAAUAAACAGUAUUCAAAAUGUAACAGUAUUGACAAACAGAUUUGCACAAAUAAGUAUAAGGACAAAAUAAUAAUAAAUGAAAAUUAUAAUCCAGAAUCUUUUAACAAUCACCAGUUUGAUCAUUCAAAAAAAAAUGACUCGAAAAUAAAUGUUACUGUGUUGGAAAUGUCUGGAUAUUUGAACAAACAUGCAAAUGAGUGCUCAGAUAAAGACUCAAAAAAGCCUAAGUCAUGCGAACAAAAUACUCAACUUAAUAGUAUAGAAAAUUACCUCAAUAAAGAUAGUGAAGGUUUCAAAUGCAAAAAGCCAAACCAAUUAAACAAUGAACAGGAUAAGAAAGAAGAUCCAGUUGAUGAAAAAUCUCAAAACUGUUCUCAGAGGAAGAAUAUAAAAGACUGUUUGUUUACGUGUGAACGCCUGAAAAAUAAAGAGGUAUUGCAGAGAACUAUACCACUUAAACACUCAAGUGUCUGGCGGAAACAUAAUUUUCAUUCCUUGGAUGGAACCUCAACCAGAGCCUUUCAUCCUCGAACUGGAUUGCCUCUUCUUUCCAGUCCUGUUCCUCAAAGAAAGGCACAAUCAGGUUGCUUUAAUCUGGAUUCUUCAUUACUGCAUCUGAAAAGCUUAUCAUCUAGAAGUCCUCGACCAUGUUUAAACAUUGAAGAUGAUCCAGAUAUUCAUGAAAAACCAUUUCUGAGUUCUAGUGCUCCACCUAUAACAAGUCUUAGUCUCUUAGGAAAUUUUGAGUUUUGCACUCAGUAGGGCCUAACAUGCAUGCUAGUACAAUAUAUUCGUUUAAAGUCACAAAAAUCUGAAUAAAGUCGUAGACUACAUUGGAUCAUUGGCCUUAUCCAUUAGCAUUUUUGUGCUCUUUUUCUGAAAUUUUCAUACAUCCUUAGAACAUGUUUCUUAUUUAAGAAACAUUUAUUGAGUACCUACUAUGUGUCAUGUUAUAUGCUAGGAAUAUAAAGCUAAAUAAUAAACUGCCUGCCUUAGAGAAGUUUACAGUCUGCUGGAGAAGUUGGACAUAUAAAUAAUCUAUAAACCGAAGUAAUUAGCACUGUAAUAGAAAUUUUCUCAGUCUCCAUAUAUUUGUUCUCUCUGCUAAGGGACUGGGAAAGUUUUACUAAGGAGCUGUCAUUUGAGCUUAGUUACAAAAGUUGAGUAGGAAUUUGCCAAGUAAAUUGUGUGAGAAGUGUCAAGGGAUUCUAGACAAAGGGAGCUACAUGUGCAAAGGCAUAUGUGUAAAAGUAGUAAAAGAGCAUGGUGAUAUUGAAAAGCAUCAUCCAGAACUGGAGUAUAAGACUGCGUGCAAGUGAGGAGAGCUGUGGUAAGAGAUGUAGGGUGGGCCUUACGUACCAUGCUGUGAAUAUUUGACUUCAUCCUGUGGACAUCAAGAAACACAAAGUUUUUAACCUGGUGGGUAACGUAAGACUUUUUUUUUUUUUUUAAAGAAAAACUCUGGCAGUAAUACAGAUGAUACACUAAAGAUGGAAUAACUAAUUAGAGGGUAUUGCAUUUGUUCAGAGGAGAGGUUAUGAGGGUCUGAGCUAGGUUACUGGUGUUGAGAGAGCUGAGGCUGUGAGACUGAGAGGUCCCAUCAGCUGGGUAUGGAUUGGAUUGAUUGCAGGGCAGGAGGGAGAUAUAGAAGGCUCGUUGUAACAUAGGUCUCUUGGUCUGGUCUUUUUGACACGGGACUUGAGAAUUGCUGAUGCCACUUUCAAAUUUAGACUCAUGAGGGCUUGGAGUGUUUCUUUUCAAAGAAUUACUGAAUCAAAGAAAUGUUACUCACAUUUCUUGAUGUAUGCAUAUAUAUGUUGAUAUAUGUAUAGGAAGGAGAGCUUGUGAAAGGUUUAACAUGUUUCUCAUACCUGGAAAGAUAAACACUAAAUUGUUAAAAGUGGUUUCCUCAGCAAAUGAGCUUGGGAGAGAUGGAUAAGGAGCUUCUCUGUUGUUUGUAUUUAUGUACUUUUAAAUUUUUCCCAAUGUGUAUUUACUGUUUUUUAAAUUAAACUAAACAAUAAAACAUAUGUCACAUCCAACAACAAUUUUUAAGAGGCAGUUGUUUUUCAGUUAAAGUUAUGAGUACUUGGCUUUCUGUUUUGAUGGAACUUCUGUAUAUGACCUGUUAACAAGUUUUCAAGUGCUUCUCUGUGGCUAACAGUAGAAAUAAACUCUGAGGAAUAAGAAAAUUUCUGAUAUUAUACCUGCUCUGGUAGAGCAUACUUUCUUUACAGAGAUAAGAAUAACUCAUUAAACGAUUAUAUCAAAAUAAUGGUGAAAAAAAAAAUAAUGAUGAAGUUCAAAGAUAGUUCAGUGUGGGGUUGGAAUAGUAAGGAGGCCAAACUUUGUAAGGUGGUAGAAGAUUGAUUUGGGAGGGGGUUGAUUUCAGGUCAGAUGAACAUUUGAAAUGAGGGCAUGGCAAUGGCAGUGACCACUUUUCUAGUGCCAGAAAGCAUACUAACAUAUUUCUUUAAAUAGAAAGAAGGAAUGAAUGUGUUAACUUUUAAAUUUUAUUUCUUAAAAAUUCUUUUAUUUUGCCUUCCAGGAGUCUGUCUUGAACUAUCGUUUAGAUCCUCUCGGCAUUGUUGAUGGCUUUACUGCCGAGGUAGGGGCAAGUGGUGUUUUCUGCCCCACUCAUUUGACUCUUCCAGUUGAAGUGUCAUUCUACAGUGUUUCUGAUGAUAAUG